AUGGCGUCAUCCAGAGAGCCAGAUGUGCCUGCUAUUGAGCACAGUACAGGUGGGCUUCUAGGCAAGAUGUCUUUGCCAACUAGAAUGCAUCGAGGGGCAUUCAGUUAUGAUGAUGUCCUGGAGGAUCCCACACCGAUGACUCCACCUUCAACUGACAUGUGCAGUAAGGUUCUGUGGAAAAAGCCAAUCAUCCCAGAUUGGAAGUACCAACAGCUUUCCAAGGUUGAGGAAGGAGAAAAUAGUUUCUCUGUAACCCCCUCAGCUUCCAGUGACCAAAUGAACAAGGCCCCAGUGGUGAAGGUCAUGGCUAUGCACAUCAUCAGGAAUUCUCUAAUUACAAAACAGAACCAAGAGAGCAUCCAGCACUUUAAGCAACAGGCAGGGUUGACAGACAUGGGAUACACUCUCCAUAAAGGCCUCACCACAGAAGAAACCAAGUAUGACCAUGUGCCACAGGUAGUUCAUAAAUUGAAGUUACAAAAUGGAGAAAUGGCAAAAGAAGACAGACUGAUUGCUUCAAUCCAGUCUUCUCCAAGUAGUACACCCCAUUCUUCUCCCAAGCAAAAGCCCAGAGGCUGGUUUACUCAUGGAUCUUCUACCUCCUUACCUGGCCCAGAUGUCAGCAGCAUGGACUCUGGAAAUGGAGAUAGAGACAAAUCCUCAUCUGAAAAAUGGAGCCCUUUUGGACCAAGAACCCUGCAGAAAUCUGACUCGGUUUUCAGUGUCCAGUCCUACAGAGGUACUCAGAAGCUAUCACCAAGGGAGCUCAUUUGGGAUCAGGCCAGUAGAACUGCAGAAGACUCAGCAGCCUUCAAGCCACCUAAGAUGGCCUUUCCAGUGAUGGAAAGAAACAACCUCCAUGAACCCAUAAUAUCAAACCAAGAGACAUGA